CCAGUGUUUUGUCUGGUGGAUUAUUACAAUGAAAGAAAAUUUAGUUUAUCUUAGUCAAUGCCCUAGUCCAGGUUAUAAUUCUUAUUCUUGCUUAAUGGGAAAAUGCGGCACACAUUCAUUUCUAGUAAAGAUUUUGGCGUCACCUAUAACGGUUUUACUUGGUUAUGAAGUUUCAGGGGGAGCAAAGCCACACUGUCCUCUGGGGUCUUGUUGGACUGUCCGGUUUCGUUUUAUCGGUGUCGCGCAGUGUUUGCUGCGGGCUGCGUUCCUGAAUAUCAAACACGUGAGUGUCAGUCAUCUAGAUCUAAAAUAUCAAAUGAGUUAUGAUGUGUGCGAUACCUCCCUUUUACCUGUUACAUCUGAAGAAGCUUUGAAUCUUAAUCUCUUUAAUCAAAGAAAAAGUGUUUUUGCCCAGGGCAUUCCUGACAGACGCGGUGGGUUUAAAUUCUUGAAAGCUAUGAAUGCUCCCAGACCACAAAGGCUUUUGCUCAUUCUGAGAACAGAAACAAGUGAGGACAGGUGUAAGCUUGGUUAAGCACCAAGAUGCAGUUGCCACUGGGUGAAGCUGCUCGGCGUAAACGGAAAACUUGAGUUUCCUAAAUAUAAAAGUCAACGCGACAGGUAGAACAACUCGCUAAACCAGUGUUAUGUCUUUUUAUUUUUCUAGUGUAUUUAACAGCGACAAGAUGUCAAACUGUGAGUGUCAUGGUCGUGUGAUCUCUGCAUUGACUUUUAUCUGUUGCAUUUUUACGUUAUACAAUUUCAGAGAAGAGCAACUGGAUAUUUCACAUAUUUAUGAUUUGGACAUAAGAGUUUUUUUUUGUAAUUUAACCUACAUGUGGGUCCUCGUUGCUUUAACAUCAUACUCUCUCGCAGCCAGGAUAUCGGCUCCUCCAUCCGCAGGGAUGUGCUUCGCUGGCGGCUCCCCAGCUGCAGAACUCGAGAAUAAUCAGCCCCUCCUGCUCUUCAAUCAGCUGCGCAUCUAUUAGUCGGAGACCCCGACCCCCCUGGUAGCAUCGAGUGUGCCUGGAGAACGAGCCUCUGAUUGCCCGAUUCGUAAAGAUUGCACUUAACGAAGACAUGAGAAUUGUCUGUCUGGAGCUGAAGAAGAGGGCAUAUUUAGCGGUAACACGUGGCUAGGCUACGGGCGGCGCGGUAGUUCGGUGGGUAGCGCCAUCGCCACACAUCUUUACGAUUGGGGCAGAUGUGUCCUGUCUGAGUGCAGGAUGACUUACAGAUUCUUGCUGAGGGGCGGAGCUCGGCCUCAGCAAUCCCUGACAUGCUACUGGACAACUAAACUCCAGUUAAAAGUGUUGGUGGCAGUGAGACGGAAGGAUCUGUGUACCGUAAUUGUGGGUGUGCAUCCUGGGCCAGCGUGAGGCCCGCUAGUGAAAUCGAAUUUGCCUGCGCUAAUGGCGUUUCAGCAUGCAUCCGCUGACGUUAUUCGUGAUUUUUCCGUACAUCCCUUUGUUUAGACAGCUGGCUCCUUCAGCCACUAAUCAUCCAGUCAUCCAGCUCUGUCUAUUAGCAGCUUAUCCAGGACUGGAUCACGGUCUGUCCGGUCAGGCACAGAGCAUUAGGCAAUUGCUGUCCUCAAAUCACGCACGCAAUAAGAGCAACGUUGGUCUUGAUAUGCAUUGUCCAUGUUUUGUUUAUAGUAAGGUAUGUGCUUUCACCCCAGAUUACAUAUCUGACUUAUUCUCUGGAAAUGACUGCAGAAAGUAUAACCGAUAGGUAUUUGGAAGAGGAUUGACAGCAUGGGUGGAGGCUGAACUGGCACGGGUGACUGCAGUGGAGCCAGGACAGUGUUUAAUCGCAGAUCAAAGUUUGGCAGUACAGGAUGCUUCGGAUUCACACCUUGCAUUCUUAGCCUCUUGCUGCCGUGAGCUGAGCCACACAAUUUUCGAGUUAAUAUUGAUAUUAAUGAUAACCUGGAGUCAUUGUGAUCCGAUCCGCUAUGUUUGUUUCAUAGUUCCAAAGUCCUUUAUUUUUGUUCCUCAUGACUUCUUGAGGCAGGAAACAUGUGCUGUUUUCUGUUGCCUACAUCCUUGUUUACAGUGUUUAUGCUCUUCUAGUUUAAUGAUGUUGGGUUAUUGAAUAUGAUUUUUUUUUUUUUUUAGCUAAAGGCCACUAGUAUUGUAUACUUCUUCAGACUAUCAAAACUACAACUAAAGAAAAACACGGAACAUCUUCAGGGUGCAUGAAAUUUCACGGGCAAAGAUGUGAAUGAAUGAUUCUAUGGCUCUAGUCGUGACUAGCAGAUACACUGAAGCAGCAGUGCUAAUGCAGAAUACAGCCUGUCCCCGGGUUACAAUAGAUUCAUCGGAAUGCAACCCCGUCCUGACUGCACUGGAGAGACAGAUAUUCGACUUCCUGGGGUAUCAGUGGGCCCCCAUCCUGGGAAACUUCCUCCACAUCGUCAUUCUGAUUCUGGGCCUUUCUGGGACCCUGCAGUAUCGAUCCAGGUUCCUUCUUGUGUACUCCAUCUGGGCUGCUGUUUGGAUCGUCUGGAACGUGUUCAUCAUCUGUUUCUACCUUGAAGUAGGGGGCCUUACCAAGGACUCCGAUGUCAUGACUUUCGGUAUCUCCAUGCACCGGUCCUGGUGGCGCGAGAACGGCCCUGGGUGUGUCCGUGAUGAAGCCCCGCCCCCUGGGGUCCCUCCCCCCGAGGGUCACGCCUACGUCUCCAUCACUGGCUGCAUGCUGGAAUUCAAGUAUCUGGAGGUCAUGCAUUCGGCCGUCAGUAUCCUCCUGUCCCUGCUGGGCUUUGUGUGCGCCUGCUACGUCAUCAGCACUUUCGCCGAGGAAGAGGAGCGCUGCAAGUACUGAGCCCGCGCCAGAAGCCCCUUCCCCAAGGUGGACAGAGGUGGGAUGAAACUUCAAGGAUGUAGGAAAAGAUGACAAUGGAAGUGCAUUGUGGGACAGUCUGCGUGCACAUGGAGACCAGCCAGCGGCCCCCCCCAGGCAUAUUCAUCACAAAAAGCCCCCAUGUCAUGCUUGUAACUCUGUUAUUCUGCCAAGAUGGUAUUGCUUUUUUUUUUUUUUUUUUUUAAAGUUCAUGUUGGCAGGAAUGAUGUCACUGCUGGGGGAAACCUCACGUGGGAUUGUGUUUAGGGUUACAAGCAAAGGUCUCAUGGGGUCACUGAAUUUACCACACUUUGUAUAUACAAACGCUCCUCUAUUUACGAACUUUCAGACAUACGAACGAAGAGGACUGCAAGUCCAAAUUGUGUUCCUUGGGCUCCUGUUUUCCUGUCCGCAACUUUUUUUUUCUGCAUGCCAAUUCCGCCCAGUACGACUUCUGGCCGCUACUCCCGCCGUGCAGUAGCGUAGCGUGCGAACUCCCAGCAUCCUAGGUCUUUGUACUUCCAUAUACCCUUAAAAUGAUGUUGAAUAACGACUUACGAACAUUUCAAGUUACGAACGGCCGUUCGGAGCGUAUCUCAUUCGUAAGUAGAGGAGCGUCUGUACUUUUAAAUUUUAAUUUAUAACGGAGUUUUGUGCCACCUAUCAGAGCGAAGCUUUUCUGCGCUUCUGUGUCUAAUGCAUGUUGUGUGCAUGUACUUACGUUUGCAAGACCCUAUUAAAUCACCCUUGAGUGCAGUAAUGCCGCAGCUUAGUGCGAUGUGUAAAUCCCUUUAGUGGCCAUUGAGAGAUCAUGCCCGUGGUCUUCGUGAUGUUCGUAAUGUGCAGGGUUACUGCAGUGUACCUCAGUGCAUGAUGUAGCAUCCAUGCGUGUUUUUGGGAUUUGUUGAGUUCGGUUUCUGUAGACAGGGCCCGACUUUAAGGGGAUGGGGGCCCUACCUACAGCAUUAAUUGUUGCUGGAACAACCCAGAAAAAAAUGCCCCCCCCCCUUUUAACUCGGGAACCUGGGCUUUAUGUCCGGUCUUGUCCGUAGGCACUACUUUUUUGGCGUAAACGGGCAGUCAGCCGCUCUAUCACUGUCAUCACUAAAAAUGUAAAUGGCGACUUUCACAGGACGCAGCGUAACAGGAGGAACCUCCAGGUUAGUCGAGGUAUUUUGAGGGUGAUGUACUAUCGCCAUCUGCUGGCAGCGUGUAACAACUGCAGACUGACAUCACUGGACUGAUAGGGGUUGCAGCGGUAUUGGAAUGAAAUUGUUGGAUUAGGUAGCAGUCGUUUCAGCGAGGGAUGGGGAGAGAUGCAAGCCAGUACACCUUCAUUAACCCUCUUGGCCCGGUGGCAUGAAAACAGCUGUUCCUUUGUGGCCAGCUUCAUUACGGUCAGAAAGAGGUUUGCCUGCCUGUAACAGUUUAGACAGGGAAUUUGGCUCGGCAUGCAGUGUCAUGUAACAAACGGCACAGGUUGGAGGACAGUUACACAACAUGGCAUACUAGUAGUGCUGUGGUGUGACCACUGGGAGAGCGGAAGGCCAGUUCAGAUCUACAGUGGAAGUGGCUUGGGUCAUUAGCCAGAAGAUGGUCGGUUGUGGAGCGAUUUUCCCCCCCCCCCCCUUUUUUUUCGGGUCCUUUUGUGGACUUUAUUCCUUCUGUCUCACAAGCCGGUUGGUUGCAGCCCAGGCAUUCGGUCGCCGCCCCCCCCCCACCCCCCCACCACAGGCUGCCCCAGAUAAACAGAUGCUGUCUUUCCUUACGGGCCACUGAGCCGCUCCCUCUCUCUGACCCACCACAUUGCUGGUAUUUCUUUCUUCCUUUUUUUUUAAAUGUUCGACAUCUGGGCCUCCAGGGUAAUCUCUUUCUUUUAAAGUACAUUCCUGUUGUCCCAACAUGAGGACAGUAUUGCAACAUGGAGAAGCUUUUCAUUUUCUAGCUGAAGCACCAUUGCCGUACAAGUCUGGCCUGCGUUUGUGGGAGCGGCUGCUUUGUGGAUGCUUUGUAAAAUACAAACGAAUCACACAUCAGUUUUACCCAUUUUUUUGUGUAACCAAGUAUUAUCGAUUUGAAAAAAAAACAUUACACAGCUUUUUACUAAGAACCUGGUCUGCUGUCACAUUUGUGUACAAACUACAGUCAAAUUGGCGUGUGAAAAAUAAAAGGUAACAUCAGUUAAUAGCGGAUUUUGCUGCAUUUUUAACUGGCUUAGUUACUUUUGUGGCUUGUUACAGUAAAUGUUUUUACCCA